AUGUCUUCUUCAACAGAGAUGAACAGGUACUGGAUCCCCCGGUUGGACAUCCACAAGAAGAUCAUCACUCAGGAACUUCCCUACUAUCUCGGGCCCGAUGCAACCGUCAGGCCGUACACAAACGAGGGAGAAGAUGGGUUCCUCAUCACUACCCCAGGCCCUUGCCUGACCGACGAGCAAAUCGACGACAUUUGCAGAAAGUCCAAGGAGAUUUGGGAGCGGCAGGCGGCCAUACGAGCGCAAGAAGCGGACAAGCCACUCAAAAGGCCGCUGCACCAGCCGGUGGUGAUAUCUCGAGGGUCGAAUGAUUCGUCGCGGAGGAGACACGAAGCUCACCGAAGCCACGAGCGACACCGACGGUACGACGACAGGCGGCGUGAAUGA